AUGGAUGUUGACGGCUCUUCUUUCCCCGGAGAAAUUGAUCAAAACCUCUUAUUACAAUUUAGUUGUAUGAAUACUACAGAUAGAGAGGAAUUGAUAAGUCAAAUGCAAAGACUUUUGGGACCUACUUUAAACUAUAACACAGCAAGUUUUUUUUUGGAUAUGAGUAAUUGGAACUUACAGGCAGCAAUAUGUUGUUAUUUAGAUUAUACAUUACCGCCUAAACUUCCUUCUAUGUCAUUGAAAGCUGCUCAAAAUCAAGAAACUGCCGUCAGUCCUGGUGCUCGCUUUGAACAGAAUUGGAGUAUUGCAAAUACUGGAGCUGAAUCAUGGCCUGGUAGCUGUAGAGUAAUACAGGCUGGUGGUGAGGCCUUUGGUGCUUCACCUUAUUAUGUGCCACCAUUACCUCCUGGGCAUUCAACCACAGUGACAUUAAAAUUAGUAGCACCAACCACACCUGGCUCACAUAGAGGAUACUUUCAUUUGGUUAAUGAUAAAGGUGAACAAAUAGGAGAUACUUUGUGGGUGGAAGUACUUGUAGAAACAGAGAUGACUAUGGCUUUAGUAGAACAACUUGCUGCUUUACCUGUGCCUAGUAGUAGAAGUGAAGAUACAACAAUUAGUCAGACAGUGCCGCAAGAUGAUCAAAUGUGUUGA